GAAUCACUGCGGACUUUCCCAUAGAAACACCGGAGCAAUUGGCUGGCAGGAAAGAGGGCGGGUUCGGAUAUGGCUGUCUAGGUCCGUCUUGUCUUUUUCCAAACUACCUGCCAGGCGCUGUUUUUAGGCGAAAAACAGUCAUUUAUGAAGUUAACCAAAUCCAUCUUGGCUAACUGAGAAGAUGGCCGGGAUUAAAGCACUGGUGGGGCUGUCCUUUGGUGGGGCAGUCGGCCUGAUGUUCCUCAUGCUAGCCUGCGGCUUGGAGCAGUAUGGAGUGUACUGGCCGCUGUUCGUCCUGAUCUUCUACGUCCUGACGCCCAUCCCCCUGCUCAUCGUCAGACGGCUCGGGGAGGACGGCGACUCCUCCAGCAGUGCCUGCAGGGAGCUGGCCUUCUUCUUCGCCACGGGCAUCGUGGUGUCCUCCUUCGGCCUGCCGGUGGUUCUGGCCCGAGCCACCGUGAUCAAGUGGGGGGCCUGUGGCUUGGUCAUGGCUGGGAACGUCGUCAUCUUCGCCACCAUCAUGGGCUUCUUCUUCAUAUUUGGCGGGGACAGCUUCAGCUGGGACUCCUGGUAAAGCAGAAUGGGACUGUGCAGGUCCUGCCUGCAGGGGCGUGGAGGGGAGCAGCACCAUCCACCGGGGACCUUAAACACUACUUUGAUAGCUGACAGAUGCUGCAUCGAUGGUGUUUUUUUUUAAUCUUUACUCUCCUUAUUACUUUUUGGGAGGGGGGUACUUUUGGCUGUCAGGCCGCAGGCUCCACCCUCACGCCUCCAGCACCAAACCCCCGCACCCACUUUUGUACUCCUAGCUGUCCUUUCCCCUUCCUUUCUGGCCUGCCUCCUUCCCUUCACGCCCCGGUGAAGACUCCGCCUCCAUCCUCACUCUCUAAACGCCAUACUUUAUUUUUUUUUUCCCCUCGAUGUAGCCUAAGUGCCGGUGAUAUAGCAUCACCCUGCAGCUUUUGCAAAUUUGCAAAGAGAUAUAGACAGAUCACAUGCAAGCGCCUUACACUGUACAGCUCAUGCAAAAUUAUAAAUACUUUCUAUAUACAGUUUGUGUAUCUAGUGAAUAGUCAAUGCAUUCAAAUAUUUGAUCUCAAGAUGUGUGUGUGUGUGUGUGUGUGUGUGUGUGUGUGUGUGUGUGUACAUGUGCAUGUCUGAGGUAUGGGAAUGCAAAUGUGACUCCCUGAUCAAGCACAGCCCUGCCGUGGUCCAAUAAUCCACGACCUGACCUUCCGCUCGCCGUAACCAUCCCCUCUGAGAAAUUAACGAGCGUGCCAAUCCAGCCUUCUGACGCUCUUCCGGAUGUGUCCGCUCAAGAAGCUUAACAAUAAAAGCUUUGCCGAUGUUUCUUUUUAGUAGUGUAUCCGUAAGCGUCCUUUUCUGCGUAUUAGCCGAUCCGGUUUCCACCUAAGUAUCUAUAUCGGGCUCCUCUGAUGUUCCGAAUACUCCGCGGUUGUUAUGAAAAUAUCCACCUGUUACGGAGAAUAACAACAAAAACAACGAUAUCCGCUUAAUCAAUAUUAUAUAAUCAUCUCUGGCUUGGCCGUGGAGCGUCUUGCACAACUGGAGAUGUAACUUUUUAUCAUCUGAGGUUUUCCAUUGAUUGUUUACACUGUUAGAUGUUCCACAGACGUAAUUAGACGUACCAAAGCCAAUUAGAGUAAUAGAUUACUCAGGAUUUCAGGGUUUUUUUUUUUAAAACUACUUUAGAAAGUACAAUUUGAUUGUGCUUUCAGGUUGUUUAAAUUAAGUUAUCCAUUUAUUUAAUUAAAAUAAAUUGCCUGUUUGUACAUUUUACCAUUUUCAGUUUCCAAUCUUCUUUUCUAUUAUGCACUGUGGUAUGUUGGGAAUUCUGUAAUUUUUGGGAAAAUGGCAUAUAUAUUAAACUUGUUCUUCUCCUG